GACGUUUCGAGAAUAAAAACAGUAUAGAUAUAAAAUGUAAAGAAGCGGUGACAAUCAAUAUUACUUCCAAUGACGUAGGCGACUCCUUGGUGACACUCUAUGGCUCUAUGCUGGUUGAUGCGAGCUCUUUUCCCUGGGUGUACCUUUAUCACCGAGCCAGCCACCAUAUUGGAAGGAUAGUCAGUCGUAGAGUGCUGAAGAAAAAGGAGAAACUUUUGGGCCAAUUUUGACGAGCUAAAUUUGGAAACAUAAGAAGAAACGAGACAAAAAGACGUAACCUCGAGGACAUUCUAGAAUGUGCUGACUUCAUUUUGCACUGACCAAUUCGAACUGAUCAAGGAACAAUGGGUACAAAGAAACGCGAUGGGUGUUGCAAGAAAUUUGCAAAAUUUCUAUUUUCUCACAUUGGAUUAUGUGGUAUGGUGAUAUUGUAUUGUGUGGCUGGAGGAUUUAUAUUCGAACACUUAGAGAAAAACAACGAACAACAGAUUUGCUAUGAAUCAAGAAGCGAAUACAAUCCCAUGGAAAACAAAACCAUCGAGAGUAUUUUGAAGAUAUUUAACGAUUAUGGUUUCCCUACGGAGAAUAACCGAGCUUUAAUGGAAGUUCAAGUUAAGAGUGUGUUGGAAACUUUCAGGAACAACACAUUGGCUAUAGGAUAUGAUGGAAGAGACUGUGGUGCCUAUGGUCGAACUGGUGGGCCAAUUUAUUCCUGGUCUUGGGCUGGAUCAUUGAUGUUCUCUGUUACUGUUAUAUCAACUAUAGGAUAUGGACACAUCGCUCCUAAAACCGUUUGGGGAAGAUUGGUGUGCAUUGCUUACGCUGUUUUGGGUAUUCCGCUCAUGCUGUUGUGUCUGGCUAACAUAGGCGACGUCUUGGCUGACAUCUUUAGAUUCAUUUACGCCAAGAUUUGCUGCUGUGGAUGUUGUCGACGAAAAAAGAAGGACAAGGCUACUAAAGUUGUUGAAAUUAAACCCAUGCCACGGGAUGGAAACUGGAAGUCAGAUAAAUCAAACAUGGUAAAAAACAACACAGUCACCGAUCAGAACGAAUUCUCACGAAUACCAUGCAAAUCACCAACAGGAAGUACCGAUACAAAUGACAACAACAAGUUGAAGCUAUCUUCUCGUUCACCGAGUCCACUGGGCAAAUCCGUUAAAAUUGUUCCCUUGGACCUAAACCCCAUGAAUCGACCUGAUCCUAUGAUUCUCGAUGAUGACAGUGAUGAUGAUGACGACGAUUUGGAUGAUAAGAAAAUCACCGUCCCCCUAACUAUUACUAUGAUCGUUAUUGGAGGCUACAUUUUUGGUGGGGCCGUUUUGUUUGGAUUAUGGGAAGGUUGGGAUUGGUUACAAUCGGCUUACUUUUGCUUCAUCACACUGAGUACGAUUGGAUUUGGAGAUGUUGUUCCUGGAACCGAUUUCGAAAAUUCUCAAGCCCAAGCCCAGCUUCUUCUCGGAGCUGUGUACGUAUUGUUCGGUAUGGCCAUCUUGUCCAUGUGCUUCUCGCUCAUGCAGGAUGAAAUUAUCGCCAAGUGCAGAUGGGUUGGAGAAAAGUUGGGGAUUCUAGAUAAAAGUGAAGAAUAAAUGGGAAAAGCUGCACUACCUUUAGAAUAGUAGUCUACAACCUUAUGAAUUAUUUCUGAUAAUACGAUCAUUCUGAGUGAACAUUUAAACAAAAUAAAACGAGAAUUGGAUAUUUCUGCAUGCGGUUAAAUAGCCAUUGCUCUAGUUGGGUUGAUCUUUAUAGUGGACAAGGACUUGAUUCGUACACGUGCAAAUGACUUCUCAAUUCACUGUUCCAAAGAAAUUAUCCGAAUAUUAAUUGCAUACUGCUGAUAUACACAAGUUGUCGUUAAAGAUUUUCAUAUGGAAGAAGAAAAACAUUCCUUUUAUUUUACUUAUAUACGAAAAACAUAUUUUCUACAUAAUGUAUUUUUUUUUUUUUUUUUUUUUGAAGCAAAUUGUCGUACUAAUAAAAUGUGUUUAUUGUUGUCAAGUACACGAUCCCUUUGCAGAAAAUCUCUUAUUGGUGAUUUGUUUGUUAUCUGAAUUAAUAUUUUAUUAAUUAAAACCAUCGUUGCCUUAUAUGUCAGUAUGUGCUUGGUAGAUUUUCGACCGGGGGAUGUUUGUGCUUUUAACAUCCUGACUAUUCAAUCAGGUGCAUUCUGGGUGAAUAAUGAUGUAUAUCAUGUGCUCAAAAGCCCGAGGUUGAUAGCACAUGGCCUCGGAGAAGAUAUCUUUACCACCAAUGACAAAUUUUUCGUAAAGGGAUGUUGACAAAUGUAUCAGAAUACACGCCCUUAUUCCGUCCAAAAACCCUACUUAUAUAAAUAUAGUUGUUUUGGUGUUAUGUUUUAAUGUCUUUUCCCACAUUUGCCGUAUGUUUAAAUGUAAAUGAUUGAUCUGCCAAUUUUCUAAAAUUAUGUUACUAUCUAUAGAAUACAUUGUUUACAACUUGAAUUUGAUUUCAGUGGGAGAUAAUGAAAUUAAAUGAAUCAAUUGUUUGAAAUCACAGAGUUUAUAUAUUGUACUAAAUCAAUUUGUUAACUUAUUGGCUACACAAAUGUUCCCCCAAAUAACGCAUAUUUUAGUUUUAAUAUAUAUUUUUUCUACUAUGUAAAUAGUACAAUUUAGCACAAUGCUAUCCAUACAUCAGUUGUAAAUAUAUUGUAAUUGGCUAUGGAUAAUGUUUCGUGCCGCACCCACUAUCUUGAACCUAUAUUGAACUUUUAAGGUCCUUAUCAAACGUGAUCAUCCCAUGCAGUGGACAUGCAGCUAUGUCAAGCGGGAUAGUGAUGUGUGGUGAAAUUGGUACAAGACUACACUUGUGGUUAAAAUAUUUUCUUGUUUUAGCAUACUGGUAUCCACGCGUUAAUCAUAAAUCUAUUGUAAUUAGCUAUGGAUAAUGUUAAUUGUUACUCUGCGUCAUACGAUUUAAUGGUUAUUUAGUUAUGCUACAUGUAGUGUUAUUGAUAUUUGAUUAUAUGGUCACAUUUGUUAUCUUUAAUGGUGGUAAUACUCGAAUUACAUUUUAUUUAAUUUUGUUAUUUUAUAUGUUAUGUUAUAUAAAAGCGCAAUAGCUUUAUUGUUACUGUUACUACUUUAGAGAUAAGUAGCGACGACAGGUUGGGUGUGGUGAGGUGGGUUAUACCAUGCGGCGAAGCUAGCAAUAUAUAUCCAAUUUCGAAUAACUAACUUUCUCCCUUUCUGGUCGAUGCUGAAAUGCGAUCAGUUCUGUGGUUGAUUGUAUUCUUGUACUUUGCAUGGAAUUUUCUGGGAAUAUAUCGCCACCCCACCCUUUCAGAAACACCCCGGAGCUGCCAUUGGUUACUAAACGCCUUAAUACUCUGCUGUUAAACUGUAACAACAAUAAUAAUAGUUGUUCAGUUCACAUUCGGUUCCCUCCCAUGGAUUUAUAUCAAACCCGUCCAUAUUUAGAAUCCCAUACAAUUUGUUUAUAAAUUUACUGCUAAAUUAUUAUAUUCUUACUGUUUAAUAUUUAUCAUAUUGUUUUAUUUUUUUGUUUGGUUAUGUACUAUAUAUUUAUUAUAGCUAUAUAAUAUAUUUAUUACAUUUAUAUUAUGUGAAGAAAGGGUUGUUACACAAUCUAGAGAUUGACACAAUCCAAAAAGGUAAGGCACUGCAUUGCUAGUAAAAGUGUUUUGAGAGACGUCGAAUGGCUUUAUGGUCUGUCGAAUCUGUUUAACAGCCCAAUGAAAUUAUGUUGAGAGUUACCAUCUUGUAAAACUCUGCUGAGUGUAUGUGUACACGACGCGGUUAAAACAGUCUAGUGAAACAGUAUAGAGAGUCACCGGACAGUUUUAACAGUAGAAAUAGCCUCGUGAUAUGCUAGCUACGUAACAGUUUAAGCAGUAGAAUAUGACGUAUGCAAUAUGUAUAUUUCUAUGAAAUAUUCAAAUACUGAUUAAAGCCGCUAAUUUAAAAUACUAUUUCAUUUCUUUCACGGCUUAAUCCAUGCUAAAAUGUUCUCAGAUUGGUUAUUUCACAUUUAAUUUAGAAAACAAAACAAAAAAUAUCAAUGGUAGGUUAUCUCUCGGCGUGUAUUAAGCACAGGUAGGUGGUGCUUGCUAUUUUAUAUCAACCGCAGAGAAUAACGCAGCUUACUAAAUUUUCCAAGUACUAAACCAGAUCGAACUAUUGUAGCGAUACAACUUUCACAAUAUGGUCAUUUGCAAGUGAUUCAAAACCCCUCACAUAACGAUAAUCGGCUUUAAAAGAUAACAUGAAUACAAAGUUUAUAAAAUUCGUACACAUACGUUUACUAAAAACAAAGACAACCCUUUCUUCAUGUACGUAUUUUGUCUGUGAUAUGUGUGUACAAAGUGAUAUAUAAAUAAAGUCAUAUAAAACAAC